GGGGGCGGUGCAGCAGCAGCAGCAGCAGCUCGGAGACAAACGGAAGAACGAACUCACCUUCAGCGUCAAUGUCCUCCACUUCCCUCUGAGACGAGACGACAAAAAGAACAAAUAUUUAUUUUUAUAUAUAUAUUUCUGUUUUUGUUUCACUGAACUCGUCGAGUGUGUUUGACGUAGUAGUUUUGUUUUUUUUGUUUUUCGCUUGUUUCGCGGUGGAAGAUUCUAGUUUCUUUUUGACGUCUUUACCUGAAGAAGAGCGACGGACUUUUAGAUGCAGCUCAAAUCAAACACACAUGGAUGUGAGGAGGAGGAUCAAUGAUGCUGCCGUCGUCACCAAACAGUCAGCUCAGCAGAAUCACAGUCACAGUCACAACACGCCUGAAGAGGACGAUGAGACCAUGAGCAUCAAUCCGACAGAAGCCAGAGUCGUCCACAAGCUGGACUCCGCCCCCAAACACGUUGGCCACCGCCUUGUCCCUGGACACGCCCCCUACUCUGACGACUCUCUGUUCAGCAGGCGGACGCUGAGCUCAGAGCAGGAACACGAGCUCACUCAAUCAGAGCCCGGUCACGGCUUCUUCCCGCCUCCCCACAGUCUCCCCGCCCCCUUCUCUCAGCCCACGCCGUUCCCCAGCCGCGCUGACGGACCGUGGCUGCACCCCAGCUUCGCCAGCAGCUGGUCGGCGUAUCCCGACAGCCUGCCGUCGUCGUCGUCGUCGUACGCGAGCCACAAAGAUUAUUCGUGCUGUUCGGGGGAGAGCGGUCACUCCGGCUACAAGGGUGUGUCGCUGCCCGGCAGGAACAGCGUCACCGCCAUGAGCCUGGAACAGCCGCUGUCACUGCGCUCCAACCCGCCGUCCAGCGACCUGUGUCACCACACGCUGUCCCCGUACGCCUGCUCGCCACAGGGCGCCCCCUGCUGUGCACAGUUCUACAGAGAGCCGUUCAACAGAGGAGUGAUGGUCAACAAACUGCCCACACCUCAGUACCAGCCGGCCUACAGUCCAUACUAUCCAGGAGACUGUAGACUUCCUGGAGCUGCACACACACACUCUGGUCAGGAGGCAGUAGUGAAAGAGAAACACACCCCCUACAGUACACUGCUGUCACUGGAGCAGAGACGAGUGUUCGUCACGUACGAAGCCGACAACGACAAACACGUCAACGAGAUCAUCAACUUUGUCGCUCUGCUGCGACACAAUGGCUUUGACACACACAUUGACAUAUUUGAGCAGCAGUUCAGCAGCAUCAGUAAGAUCGACUUCAUGGAGAGAUACCUCAGUGAGAGAGAAUACCUCAUCAUCAUCAUCAUCAGUCCAAAGUACUAUGAGACAGUGACGGCGCCACCUGUUGGUGUGGAGAACGACGAGAGGACGUUCAACACCGUCUACAUCCACAAACAGCUCCAGAACGAGUUCAUCCAGAACGGAAGUAAAAACUUCAGGUUUAUUCCAAUUCUGUUUCCUGGAGCUAAAAAGUGUCACGUUCCAAACUGGCUCCAGAACACAAACGUUUAUCGAUGGCCUCGAGAUCGCGACGACAUCCUGAGACGACUGAUGAGAGUGGAGAAAUAUAAUCCUCCUCCUAUCGGAGAACUGCCCACCAUCGUCUCCAUCCCCAUCUGAACCCUGUUACUGUUACUCUUUCUUCUUCAGUUUCUUUAUUUUAACUUUGUUGUUUGAUCAUGUUGGCCUGUGACAUCAUCAGGGAUGUCGUACAGUAGGUCAAAGGUUAAAGAUCAACAUGACCACCUCUCUUUUUCUUGUUUGCAGAUUUUACUGAUAUUUACUGAACUUUUCUUUUAUUGAUAAUAAAGAAAAUAUUUUACUGCCAUAAA